AUGGCACCAAUACACCUAGUUCGUCCAUCCCUCACCCGAUUUCUUUCUACGACCACUAAAUCAGGCACAUUCAACCUCGCCGUCGCGAUGGCGAGUUUUCACACCAGGACUGCAGCUGUCAGUUCGGUGGCCCUGAGGUUUCUGUCAUACUUCUUUCUCAGAUGGGGUCUUCUGCCCCUCAUCCCAGCCGUAGUUUUUGGAUUGUUCGCCAUCUAUGUCCCCAGCUUCAUUUCGGGAUAUAAAAAAGACAUCGCCGAUGAUGUGAUUGUCAGAGACACGACUAUCACGUCUCCUCCAGUCAUCACGCAAGAAAAUGGCAAGGUCAAAAUCGUCUCGGAAGAGGUUGAAGUUCAUGAGGUGAUCGAGAAGAAACCAUACAAUCUAUGGCGGACCCUUCUUGGCGGGAGGCCAAAUCCUCGCUCUCCCCUCGCCUCUUAUCUCACCUUCGUCAUAAACAUCUUGUUGGUGGGCAUGGUCGCGGACCGGUUGUUCCGGGAGCAUCUUUACCCGACCGAAGGCCUUUCUUUUGUCCGAGUUGGUCACGUCUCAGACACGGAGGCCAAGUUUCUCAUCCGCGAGCCCGAUCAGACAAAGAUGCCCGUCACCCUCCAGAUCCGCCUCAAGGACCCUGAGCCACCGUUCGAGGUACCGACCUGGCAGAGCGUGGGAGGUGUCCGCUGGACUUUGAAUGAGACCGAUUACACGGCAGUCCUGACCGCGCCAUUGCGACACUCGAAGCAGCGCACUUACGUGUGGCAGACUUCCAACAACCACUCUGGCGAGUUCACCUCUGCGCCAAAGCCAGGCCAAUCUCCUGACCUCUUCAACGGAAAGUUUACUUUUCUUUCCACCUCGUGCAUAGUCCAGCGCCUGCCAUACAACCCCUUGGACCACGCACUCGCAAUUCCCGGCAUGAGGCACCUGGCCAAGGUCCUUCCAACUCUUGGGGCUCAGUUCAUGCUAUUCCUCGGCGACUUCAUAUACAUUGACGUACCCAAACGCUGGGGCACCCAUGUCGAUGUGUACAGGCAGGAGUACCGUCAGGUCUACGCAUCACCCGAUUGGCCCGGUGUAGGGCAGAAUCUCAGCUGGAUCCACGUCCUUGACGACCACGAAAUUGCGAAUGACUGGCACGCCAACAAAACAGGAGUAUACGAGGCCGCCGUUGAUCCUUGGCAUCACUAUCAGACAGCUGUAAACCCGCCGCCGGCCCGUCGGGCUGGUCUUCAGGCAGCAAGGGCAGGUGCGACGUACUUUGAGUUUUCGCAGGGACCGGCGAGCUUCUUCAUGCUCGACACGCGCACGUAUCGCUCCAGCAACCUGGUCAAGCCGUAUGAUAGUCCUGAGAAGACAAUGCUUGGGAAAGAGCAGCUUGAGGAUUUCUUGGACUGGCUACAGCGCCCUGAGCCUAAGGGGGUCAAGUGGAAAGUUGUAGCAUCGUCGGUCCCGCUCACCAAGAACUGGCGUGUCAACACCCAAGACACCUGGGGUGGGUUCCUCGCCGAGAGGCAAAAGAUUCUUGAGGCCAUGUGGGACGUUGGCACGCGAGGCCUGGGCGUCGUUGUCCUGUCCGGCGACAGGCACGAGUUCGCCGCUACCAAGUUCCCUCCACCGGCUGGUUCCAAGUGGCCCGAAAGCUCAGCGGUCCACGAAUUUUCUGUGAGCCCGCUUAGCCAGUUCUACUCGCCCAUUCCAACCUAUCGACAAACUGACGAUGAGGAUGUCGAGAUCAAAUACAUCAACAAAGGAAAUUCUAAAUUUGGGGCCAUCACACUGGAGAACCUGGCUGGAGGGGAGCAGAGCACCUUGACGUACCGCCUUUUCAUUGAUGGAGUGGAGACUUGGGAUACUGUGGUGCUCGCGCCACCAGAGCCGCGCAAGGAAAGAGGGACUAGCUUCUGGGAUAACAUCCUGUAA